AUUAGAACCUGCACUUCUCAUCCUGACAUCUUGCCUGCGCUCCAUUUCCAACAUCAAGCAAAAUGGCGGUCGAAAAGAAAGAGAAGUCUCAGUUGCAUAAGGUAGCACUCCGAGGCUCCUCGAAGCUCGUGGCCGAGUUUUUUGAAUACUCGAUAAAUACGAUUCUGUGAGUUCAGAUGCAGGAGCCAAAGCAGAGAGCCAUUGACAAUUGGCAGAUUUCAGAGAGGCGUCUAUCCUGCGGAAGACUUCACCCCGUGAGUAAGAUACGGAGUUGAGGAGGCGACAUCAGCUAAAAGACCGUAGUGUCAAGAAGUAUGGACUCAACAUGCUGGUCUCCUCCGACGAUCAAGUCAAAGCCUACAUCAAAAAAAUCAUGUCACAGUUGAACAAAUGGAUGGUUGGAGGCAAAAUCUCAAAGUUAGUGGUGGUCAUUACCAGCAAAGAGACGGGAGAGCACGUUGAACGAUGGCAAUUCGAUGUACAAAUUCUGAGCAAGGCCUCAAAACAUCGGUCAUCGAAGAAAGCACCAGACAAAGAGAAUGCAGCGCCUGAGGAUGCAGCGCGAACCGAACCAGCGUCAGAGCCAGAGAAGACGGAAGCCCAGAUUCAAGAAGAAAUCCAGGCAAUCUUCCGACAAAUUACGGCCUCGGUCACAUUCUUGCCUGUUCUUGACGGCAAUUGUACCUUCAACGUCCUGGUCUACGCAGAUGCCGACUCGGACGUGCCAAUUGAAUGGGGUGACAGUGAUGCAAAAGAGAUCAAAAAUGGAGAGAAGGUGCAACUACGGAGUUUCAGCACCAGCAACCACAAGGUCGAUACCCUGGUCAGUUACCGUUUGGCUGAUUGAGAGUCAAAAUAUCAAUAGCGAGGAGUUAUGGGUCUUUAUGUUGCUUCUCCGGGGUCUUUUGUGUUACGGGAUCAGGCACUGCAAUGAUAAUGACUCUUCAAACAUCAA